CCGCACACCGCGCACUCGGGCUGCAGCGUCGCAAGUAGGUGCAGCCGCCCGCAGCCCGCCGCGCCUCCGCGAGCCGGGACGGCACUCGGUCUGUCCCGCGCGCUCCCUGCCCCGCGCGCCAGUCUCGCCGCGGCCUGCGGCAUCCGAGGGCCCCAUCGGCCCGAACUCGGGGAGCAGCGUGCGGCCGCGAGCCGGACGGGGCCGGCCACUACGCCUUUGUCCCCGGAGGCUCCGGGAAGUUUGCCGCGGGACGCGCGAGUGAAGGCAGCGCGAGCAGCCCCGACGUCGCCGAGCAGCAUGGGCAGCGGGCGCAGCGCGCGGGGCCGCGGCGGGGCCACCUCCGGCGUGCUGCUGGCGUUGGUUGCCUCGCUGCUGGCUGCGGGUUCGGCCAGCGAGUACGACUACGUGAGCUUCCAGUCGGACAUCGGCUCAUACCAGAGCGGCCGCUUCUACACCAAGCCUCCGCAGUGCGUGGACAUCCCGGUGGACCUGAGGCUGUGCCACAACGUGGGCUAUAAGAAGAUGGUGCUGCCCAACCUGCUGGAGCACGAGACCAUGGCAGAGGUGAAGCAGCAGGCCAGCAGCUGGGUGCCUCUGCUCAACAAGAACUGCCACAUGGGCACCCAGGUCUUCCUCUGCUCCCUCUUCGCGCCCGUCUGUCUGGACCGGCCCAUCUACCCGUGCCGCUGGCUCUGCGAGGCCGUGCGCAACUCGUGCGAGCCGGUCAUGCAGUUCUUCGGCUUCUACUGGCCCGAGAUGCUCAAGUGUGACAAGUUCCCCGAGGGAGACGUCUGCAUUGCUAUGACCCCGCCCAAUGCCACUGAAGCCUCGAAGCCCCAAGGUACACCAGUGUGUCCUCCAUGUGACAACGAGUUGAAAUCCGAGGCCAUCAUGGAACAUCUCUGUGCGAGCGAGUUUGCUCUGAGGAUGAAAAUCAAAGAGGUCAAGAAGGAAAAUGGGGACAAGAAGAUCGUCCCCAAGAAGAAGAAGCCCCUGAAACUGGGGCCCAUUAAGAAGAAGGAGCUGAAGCGUCUUGUGCUGUUCCUCAAGAACGGCGCCGACUGUCCCUGCCACCAGCUGGACAACCUCAGCCACCAGUUCCUUAUCAUGGGCCGCAAGGUGAAGAGCCAGUACCUGCUGACGGCCAUCCACAAGUGGGACAAGAAAAACAAGGAAUUCAAAAACUUCAUGAAGAAAAUGAAAACCCACGAGUGCCCCACCUUCCAGUCUGUUUUUAAGUGAUCCUGGGGUGCGCUGGGGAGGGAGUGUGACCUGGGGUGAGGGUGGGGGCGAGUGGAUGGCCCUGACUCUUGGGGUCCACAUAUUGCCCUCGUCCAUUACAGGUGUGGCUUUUGCAUUGCAGCUGGCUCCGUUCCUACAGCGACCCCACUCCCUUCUCCUUACAUAGCCACAGCCAGCUAUGUCCAGGGCUCUUUAGAUUAGGAACGCUUUUUAAGGGCUGCAGCAGGGCCAGCAGUCACUGUGCAAAAGGAGGGGCAGAAUCCUUUCACUGAGUCUCAGGCUCCCGCGAGCGCAUGCGCGCGCACACACACACACACACACACACACACACACACACGGCUCAGUACAGAAUGGGGUAGACAAGGGGCUGGAUGGGAGGCCACUGCCUGUUUCUACCCUCAGCUUUUGCACCCACCAACCUUUGAUAGGAGACUGUUGGUCUCAGAUGGCCAUUUCUGUGGGUCCCUUGGGACACAAUGGUGACAGAGGCCUGCUUUUGUAUGAAGAGACAUGAGGCAUUUCAGGCUGAGAAGCCCAUGAUUACCGGUUUUCAAAAAUACAGCGCAAGAAAAAAGCAAAUGCAGUGCAUCAGUUGGUCACGAGUCGGGGUGGACGGGGACCCUAUUUCAUCUGUCACAUUUCAAAAGAACAGCAGCAACAUAAACAGUGACAAAAUCCCAUACACCCGUCAAGGCUUGGAGGAAAAUCCACGCUGAGCAUUUGAAAGAUAACCAAGGCUAAGAUUGCAGACGGCUGGUGGCUGCCCUCACGCUGACUGCGCAUGUGCUGUGGAAAAUGACUCUGUCUGCGCAUGUGCUGGGGAGGAGGCAGGCCCGGAAUCGCGGCCAGUGCUGUGCUGCCCAGGAUCCCACACGGCUAUGGAAUCCACAGAGCUCCCCAGACUGCUUUUCUCCAAGGAGAUCCAUUUCUUUAAACAUGACUGUGUGUAGUUAAAAGAAAUUCGAAAUUGCCGCCUGCCUGACCCCUCUCCACUUUUACUUUUGUAGCCCCCCCCCCACACACACACUAGUGUUUUUGGAGGGUAAGUGUCCUAUUCAAGGAUAUGGUUUCAAAACUAACCAUUGUCAGUUUCCCAAGUGCCCGGAGGCAUUCCUCCAAGUUGGUAUGCUUAAUAAGUGAUGCAAAUAAGCCAGGUCCCUUCGGUGGCCUUAACUCCUGUUGUCCGGGUAGUUCUCAAGAGAAAAGAAAUGAACGUUAAUUUCUUCCACCAAAGGCUGACUGUUCUUUUCCCACCACAUCUCAAGGACCCCUGUUGACUGUCUCUCUGGCAUACGAAGUCCAGGUGCAGCAUUGAUUGUGAGGAGUCACGCUAAGUCAUCCAGUGGCCUUGGAUUGUCACAGAAACAGGAAAAUUCUGGUAACUUCUAAAAGACUGUAGCCUGGAAGUCAGCAAGCCAACCUAGUUACCAACCCAAGUAGGAUACUGACCUAAUUAACCUCCUGUUUAGUAAUCCCAUUAUCAUAACGCCUUUAAAAAUUCUUUCAACCUUAAUCAUAAAGUUAUUAGAGACCUUAAAUGAUUUGUCUAUAAUUUUGGAUUAUUUUAAAAUGCAUAUGGGUAUUAGUAAUUAGAAAUAGUCCACUUUCUCAUUGCCCAACUGAAAUGCAAACAUUUCGUGAGUGUGUAGAGCUAGCUGGACCUCGAGUCACUAGUUCAGGGCUCACUGAAGGUCUGCUCAUCUUGGCAAAGUGUGUUAUGCAGAGGACUUCCUACAUGAAUUUAGCUGGCGGGUGUGUUAGCUGUUUCAUGGAUAGCAAGCCAGAGGCCGCACUGGGAAGCUCUGGGUUAGGAAUCCUCAGGUAGCUGUCAGAAGGAGGUCACCGUGGACUGCAGCGGCUCCUCUCCAGCUUCAGAGUCCCUGGCUUUAGAGUUCCAUUGUGGACCUGUGAGGGUUUUAGACACACACAGAGCAGUUUUGAUUCCACGACAUCAGCAGUUCAGGGCAACAAAGGGAGGCUGUGUAUGCACACAAAGCUACGUGGUCACCAACCUUUGUUUUUUUCGACAAAAGGUACAACAAACCGAUGUGCAGACUCAUUUCACUGGCCUCCAGUAGCAGAGGGCCAUGUGUGUUCUGACUAUUGUUGCCUGUGAAAGGGGCAGACUUGGAAAGCUUUCAAGUAGUCCUUCUGGAGAGGAGGAGGCCAGGCCCGCCGAACCAUUGCACACUAUCUGUAGUUGUCGUAGAAGGUAGACUUGGAAGCAAGAAUUGUAAGAGUAUUUUCCUUUGAAAACAUUCUGUGUUAACACUCAGCUCUCAUGGUUGGUGGGUUAGCGCCACAUUCUCCCAGGGGCAGGAUCUAAGCAGAGCUCUAGGCCUCCUAUGAAUGUGUAAAUUACAGAAAUCUCAUUUCCCAAAGCUAGAACCCGUUUUCCUUGUUAGACUCCAUGCAACUAGAUGGUCUGUUGCACCUUCAUAGCUGGAGUGUUUCAAGAUGUGUUUCAGAAGCAAACCUGAGGCCACAUCUGGAUGGUGGCAUGCUGGCUGCUCUGACCUGGCAGCACAGGUCCUAAGCACGCAGAUGGAAUUCCUGUUGGCCCUAGUUCCUGCGUGAGGACUCCACUUUUAGAGUCUAAAAGUUUUAUAAAAAGCUUUGAAUACUGUGAAGAUGUUUUACAUUCCAUUUCGUUUGUGUUGUUUUUUAACUGCAUUUGACCAGAUGUUUUGAUGUUAUCACGUAUGUUAAUAGUAAUUCCCAUAUGUGUUUUGUUUUCAUGCUUUUCCUGCCAUGUAUUCACUAAAAUCACUCAAUCAAUAA